CCUGGUUUCCUCCUUCCUCUGCUGAAACGAAAGUAACCCCACGCACUUCGCUUCCUUCUGCGGCUCCCUUCCUGGCGGGGCUGCCAUGGCUUGCGGGGCUCCUUUGCGGGGUCUCUGCGAGGAGACCACUUGCCCGGUUUGCCUGGAAUACUAUGCGAACCCCGUGACCACCCACUGCGGGCACAGCUUCUGCCGGGGCUGCGUGGCCCCUCUCUGCGGGGGCCCACGGGGGGCCUUCCCCUGCCCACAGUGCAGGGCGUCGGUUUCCCCGAAGAGCCUCAGGCCGAACCGACACCUGGCCAACAUUGUCGAGAUCGCCAAGAGCUUGCAAACUGGAGGCGGAGGAGGAGGAGGGACGUGGAAGGCUUGCCAGCGUCACCAGGAGCCCUUCAAGCUCUUCUGCAGGGAUGAUGAGGCUCCCAUCUGCGUGGUCUGUGACCGAUCCACGGAGCACAGGGGCCACCGGGUGAUCCCCAUCGACGAAGUGGCCCAGGAGUACCAGGAUAAAAUCAAGGCCCACCUGAAGUCCCUGAAGGCUGAGCGAAAAAACCUUGAAGACCAGAAAUUGGCAAGACAACUGAGAGUGCAAGACCACUUGAAUCAGAUAGAAACAGAAAGGCAGAUGGUUGCCUCUUUUUUUGAGAAAAUGCAGGCGUUUCUGGAAGAAAAAAAGCAUGUCUGCCUUGGUCAGCUGGGAGAGUUGGAGGAAAAAAUAAAGAAAGGAGAGGAAGAAAGCCUCACUGAAGUGUCUGCAGAGAUUUCCCGACUCAGUCAGAGGAUUACAGAGAUAGAAAAGAAGUGCCAGCUGCCUGCAAGUGAAUACCUCCAGGACAUCAGAAAUACCUUAAGCAGGUACAAAAAUAAUUUACCUGCACAUGGGCCAGACCUUUCUCCCCAAUUUGAAGAGAAUCUCAGAAUUUAUUUCGAGAAGAACUUUGAUCUAAGAGAGGCUAUGAAAGAGUCUCAAGAAUCUCUGGAGCAAGCUCUGAAAACAGCCAGCUGGGAACACAAUCUCUUCAUGGAUUCUCUGAAACAAGGCAUGAAUCAAGUAAGCGUGACUCUGGAUCCUAUCACAGCACAUCCUCGACUCUUUGUGUCAGAGAAUCUGAAGGCUUUGAGAUGGGACAGGGUUCCUCAAGAUCUGCCUUACCAUCCGGAGAGGUUCAAGAAACAGCCCUGCAUUUUGGGUCAGGAGAAGUUCACCUCGGGAAAGCAUUGUUGGGAGGUGGAGAUCCUGGAGGGGGAAAUGGUGGAAGAAGAUCUGGGGGGAGAAGCAGCAUGGGCAAUCGGGAUAGCAAGAGAUUCUGUCGAGCGGAAGGAAUAUUUCAACCUUCAUCUUGAUGAAGGGAUCUGGGCUGUGGGGAAGGCAUGUGAGGACAUAUCUGUGCCUUGCCAAAUCUCAGCUUUUACUGCUGAGCCAAUGACUUUGGUCUUGAAGAACGAACCCAAGAGGAUCCGUGUCAGCCUGGAUUGUGAAGCAGGUCAAGUGGAUUUUCAUGACGCUGAUACCGACGACCUUAUCUUCUUUUUCAGCUCAGCAUCAUUCUUUGGGCAUCAGAUCCGACCCUUUUUCUACACAAGAGGGUGGGAGUUCAACUUGAAGUGCUGACUCAAGAGGAGAACCACCUCUUUCAUUAAUUUCCCCCAAUAUUGGUAGCUUGUGACUUCACUGUAGAAUGUAAACAGUUUGGCAACACUUGAACUGCCAUGGCUCAAUGCUGUGGAGUCUUGGGACUUGUAUUUUUAACUAGGUCUUUAGCCUUCUCUGCCAAUAGGGCUGGCUGGUACCUCACCAAGCUACAUCACUUGUGAUUUCUUAGCAUUGAUCCAUGGCAGUUAAAGUGGUGUCAAACUUCAUUCUUUCUGCAGUGUAGAUGCACCCUUAGUGCUUUAUCACACUAGAGCAGUGGUUCUCAACCUGUGGGUCCCCAGAUGUUUUUGCCUUCAACUCCCAGAAAUCCUAAUAGCUGGUAAACUGGCUGGGAUUUCUGGGAGUUGUGGGCCAAGACACCUGGGGAUCCACAGGCUGAGAACCACUGCACUAGAGCUGAAAGAGUAGCAAAGAUCAUGCAUCCCAUCUGGAAUCCUGUGGCUGCCUCCUAUAGAAUUAUUGGGCUUAUAGUUUAGUGAGACCUUGGACUUCUGUGACUGAGCAUUCUAAAGUCCGUCCCCCCCCCCAAAAAAAACCCUGCAAUCCCCAGAUUUCUGCAGGAAGCAGUCACAGGAUUUCAGAUGGGAUAUAUACUCUUUAACUACUCUUUCAGCUCCUGUGUGAUGCCGGCCCAAGUCUGUAGAGGCAAAAAGUGAAGACAAGAGGCCAUGAACUGCAAAGCCACAGUAGGAUCCCCAUGUCAGUGGGAUCUGUACCUAACUGCAUCUGUCAAAAUGUCAUAUCUGGGAAUGUUUUAGGUCUUUCA